AUGGCAUCUCUUAAAUGGUGCAUCUGCAUAUUUUUGUCAUCAAUUUCUUCGAUUAAUGCCGCCAUAAUCGUGGUUGAUCAAUCGACGCGAGGUGGUUUCACAACCGUACAAGCUGCCAUUGAUUCCGUUCCUUCCGACAACACCAAAUGGACUACCAUUGACAUCAAAAAAGGCAUUUACAGGGAACAAGUGAUUAUUCCUAGGAAUAAGCCAUUCAUAAUCCUAAAAGGAACAGGAAUUAACGACACCGUCAUUUCGUGGAAUGGUCAUGGCGCUAUUGAUGCAACCGCUACUUUCAGUUCCGAAGCUAACUACACAAUCGCCCGGGACUUAUCGUUCGUGAAUUCUUACAACUCUCCCCCAAACCAUAAUAGAAAUCGGGUGGAGCAGGCGGUGGCGGCGCGAAUUAAAGGCGACAAAUCGGCCUUCUACCGCUGCGGAUUCUUCGGAUUGCAAGACACCUUAUGGGAUGCUCAAGGCAGACAUUACUACAAAAGUUGCACCAUAGAAGGUGUCAUAGAUUUCAUAUUUGGUGAUGCCCAGUCCUUGUAUGAGAGUUGCACUAUAUCAGUAGCUGCGGGAACCUAUAAUGGAAUAGGAUUCAUUACAGCUCAAGGGAGAGAGAACCCUAAUGAUAGGAGCGGGUUUGUGUUUAACAACUGCAACAUAGUUGGGGAUGGGAAGGUUUAUCUUGGAAGGCCAUGGAGAAAUUAUGCUAGAGUCCUCUUUUACAACACACAAAUGUCCGACAUCAUUGUCCCUCAAGGAUGGAAUGCUUGGAAAAGCUCCGGCAACGAGAAUCAAUUGUCACUAUCGGAGCAUAAAUGUAAGGGUCCAGGUUCGAGAAGUUCUAUGAGAGUGGGAUGGGCGAAGAAGUUGAGUGAUGAAGAGGCUAACAAGUUAGCCACCAUUUCCUUCAUUGAUAAACUAACGUGGAUGGAUUGA